UCCAUUCAAACGGAACUUUAUCUUCUCUUUCACAGUUUACAGCCCCAUCUCUCUCUCUCUCUAACAAUUUGCAGUAUUUCCUAAGAUAGCUCGCCUCUCUCUCUCUCUCUAACAAUUCGCAGUAUUUCCUAAGAUAGCUGGCCUCUCUCUCUAGAAGGUAUUCCUAUUUUUAGAAGAAAUUGUGUUCUGUGGUUUUCAUGAUUUCUUCUAUUUCAGACAUUAGAGAAGGAUGGCUAAGGGAAUUCUGGGACGGCCAUCAGAGCGAGCAGGGCCCAAUUUUGAGGUGGAAUUAUGGGUUGUUAAGAAGCGCAUGUUAUCAUGGAACAUCAGCGAGCUCAUCAGAUCCUGCCCUCACGCCGAUUCUCAUGAAAUUUUUUCUCCAGGGCUCGUUGUCGCGAGGCUGUCGUAUAGCCAGUGGGUAGAUGCACUAGAAGCCAUGAUCGCUCUCUGGGAAAGCCGCCUUGAUGGAGCUCACUACUUCUCUCCUCGCUUCAAAACGCGAGUCGUUGUGCCAUCUGAUCAAAAUGAGCUCACUGAUCGCCUUCGAACACUUUUUGCUGUUCAUGUUCAGUGUUUGCUUCGAGGUGAAGCCCUUGAAAGGUGCAAACAGAAGCUCGAAACCAUUGACAUGGAGCUUCGAAACGUGGUGUCUUUGCUCAAGAGCUCCAACCCUUUGAAAAAGUAUUAUGAAAUCAAUGGAAAGAAGGAAGGUCUCAUAUCAGAGAGAAGACUUGUUGAGAAAAGGAUUGAGGAGUUCAAGAGUGCAAUGGUGUGUAUACAUAACCAGUUGGACUUGGCAAUUUGGGAUGAUUGCUUGUCUUAUGAUUCAGAGGAUGAUGGGGUGGUCCCUUACAAGUUUAAAGGGACUUGGAAUUGGGAUAGGCUUCACCAUAUUUUGUUGCGAGAGUGCAGGAGGCUUGAUGAUGGCUUGCCCAUCUAUGGAUGUCGGCAGGAGAUACUCAAGAAGGUUUUACAUCACCAGGUCUUGGUCUUGGUUGGGGAAACUGGCUCUGGAAAAAGUACGCAAUUGGUUCAAUUUCUUGCUGAUUCAGGUUUAGCAGAGGGUUUAAUUAUUUGCACUCAGCCGCGGAAAAUUUCUGCUGCAUCUCUUGCACAAAGGGUUGGUGAAGAAUGUCUUGGAUGCUAUGCUGAUAAUUCUAUUGUUAGCCACACUGCAUACUCUUGCAUGCAAAGACUUAAUUCGAAGGUUAUAUUUAUGACAGAUCAUUGUCUUCUCCAGUAUUGCUUGUAUAACUCGGAUUUGUCCAAUGUAUCCUACAUCAUUGUGGAUGAAGCCCAUGAAAGAAGUUUGAAUACAGAUCUCCUCUUAGCAUUGAUCAAAGGCCUUCUCCUUCGAAGACAAGAUUUAAGGCUUAUUAUAAUGUCAGCAACAGCAGACGAAGACAAGCUAUCAAAUUACUUUUUCAGAUGUGACACUUAUCAUGUGAUGGGGAGAAGUUUUGGUGUGGACAUCAAAUAUGUUACCUAUUUAUCUUCAGAGCCUUCUGAGGCCAAAGAUGGUCCUCUCAUUGGCCCUUAUGUCAAGGAUGUUAUUAAAAUGGUUCGUGAGAUUCAUGUGAGAGAGGAUGAUGGGGCUAUUCUUGCUUUUUUGACUUCCCAGUUGGAAGUGGAGUGGGCCUGUGAAAAGUUUCAGGUUCCUAAUGCAGUUGCACUGCCAUUACAUGGGAAGCUAUCUAGUGAAGAACAGUGUCAUGUUUUUCAAAGCUAUUCAGGGAAGAGAAAGGUCAUUUUUGCCACAAAUUUUGCUGAGACCUCUCUCACCAUUCCUGGUGUCAAGUACGUAGUUGAUAGUGGCUUGGUUAAGGAGUGCAGAUAUGAGGCUAGCACUGGUAUGAAUAUGCUUAAAGUGUGCCGGAUCAGCCAAAGCUCAGCCAAUCAAAGAAGUGGUCGUGCUGGUCGAACAGAACCAGGCAAAUGCUACAGGCUUUACUCAGUUGAGGAGUUUGCAUCUAUGCCUUGUCAUCCAGAGCCAGAAAUUCUAAGAGUCCAUCUUGGUGUCGCUGUCCUUAAAAUUCUUGCAAUCGGUGUAAAGAACAUACAAUCAUUCGAUUUUAUUGAUGCACCCAAUCCAAAGGCUAUUGAGAAAGCUAUUCAGAAUUUAAUUCAACUGGGUGCUGUUAUCUUCAGAGGUGAUGUUCUGGAGUUGACUGAUUGUGGCCAUCAACUGGUCAAAUUGGGCAUUGAACCUCGACUGGGAAAGCUUAUUCUUGGUUGCUUUUCUGAGAGUUUGGGCAGAGAAGGCCUCGUUCUCGCUGCUGUAAUGGCUAAUGCAAACAGCAUAUUUUGCAGAGUUGGGAAUGAUGAGGAGAAAACAAAGUCAGACUGCCUUAAGGUAAAAUUUUGCCACCGUGAUGGGGAUCUUUUCACUCUUCUUUCUGUUUACAAAGAGUGGGAGAAUGAGCCAGCAAACGACAGGAACAGAUGGUGUUGGGAGAACAGUAUUAAUGCAAAAUCCAUGCGACGGUGCAAGGACAUGAUAUUUGAUUUGGAACACUGCCUUCAACAUGAUCUGAAUAUUAUUGUUCCAAGCUACUGGUUAUGGUUCCCCCAUAUUGCUAGUGUACUUGAUCAGAAGUUGAGGAGAAUUAUAUUGUCAGCCCUUGCAGAUAAUGUUGCCAUGUUUUCUGGAUGUAAUCGUAUUGGUUAUGAGAUAGCUUCGACGGGAAAGCAUGCACAGCUUCAUCCAGCAUGUUCGUUUUUAGUAUAUGGUCACAAACCUAGUUGGGUGGUUUUUGGUGAACUCCUUUCAACUACCAAGGAUUAUUUGGCAUGUGUUACCACUAUUGAUUUUGAAUUCCUGGACACCAUAAGGCCCUCUAUUUUGUUUGAUGUCUCACAGUUAAGCAGCAAAAGAAUGGAGAACAAAGUGAUUUCGGGAGUUGGAAGCUCACUAUUGAAAAGGUUCUGUGGGAAGUAUAACCAUAGUCUACUUGGUCUUGUUUCACGACUUCGAGAAACUUUCUCUGACGAGCAUGUGAACAUCAAUGUUGACUUUGAUACGCGAGAGAUACAUAUAUUUGCUCCAGAAGUUCAAAUUGAGAAGGCCUAUGAAAUUGUAAAUGAGGCCUUGGGCUAUGAAACAAAAUGGAUUAAGGAUGAGUGCCUUGAGAAAUGUUUGCAUUAUGGGGCACAGGGUAGCUUUCCUUCUUCGGCAUUGUUUGGUUCUGGUGCUGAGAUAAAGCAUUUAGAACUGGAGAAGAGAUUCUUAACUGUUGAAAUUUCUCAUGAAAACACACAAACUCUUGAUGACAAGGAACUCCUUUUGAUGUUUGAUAAAUGUGCCUCUGGUAUAGGUAGUUUCCAUAAAUAUAGUGGAGUGGGGCGAGAAAGAGUAAACUUAGAAAAGUGGGGCACGAUCACGUUGCUCAGUCCUGAAGCUGCAGAAAAAGUUGUGGUGAAUUUGAAUGAUACAAAAAUAGAAGGGUCUCUUUUGAAAGUGACUCCUUUAAGGACAGCGCUUGGAAGUGAUCCAAAGGUGCAUUCUUUCCCUGCAGUAAGAGCCAAGGUUAGCUGGCCCCGUAGACAAAGCAAGGGUGUUGCUAUUAUCAGAUUUGAACCACAUGAAGUUGAAAGGUUUAUCCACGAAUGUCCAUACUUAUUGAUUGAUGGCAAGCUUGUUAAUUGUUUUCUCAGUAGGAAAAACAUUGAUUCUGCUGUCGUAAGUGGACUUGAUAGCAAUGUUAUGGAACCAGAUAUAUGGGAUGCUUUAAGAAAUGCCACAAAAAGGAACAUACUUGAUGUUUUCUUGUUGAGAGGUGAAGCUGUCGAUCAUCCUCCUUCUGCGGCCUGUGCAGAAGCACUCAUUAGAGAAUUUGCAAACUUCAUACCAAGAGACAAGCUGCGUGUACAUGUAUAUAGAUCUGAUCCUAAGGAUUAUAUUGUGAGAGCUUUGAUUAUUUUUGAUGGGAGGUUACAUUUGAAAGCGGCAAUUGCUUUGGACCACAUCCAGGAUAGUGUCCUGAAAGGUUGUCUUCCAUGGCAGAAGAUAUAUUGCCAACGGAUGUUUCAUAGCUCAGUUAGCUGUUCCCCCCCUGUCUACAAGGUUAUCAAGAAACAGCUGGAUUCUCUUUUCCAGAAAUUGAAGCGGGAAAAAGAUGUGAGCCUGGACCUCGAGCAGACAGGGCAUGGCUCCAUGCGAGUGAGGAUAUCUUCACCCGCAGUUCGAACAGUUGCCCAGUGCCGGUGGUCCAUCGAGAGUUUAAUCAAAGGCAAGACCAUAACCCACCCUGGCCUCAAUGCGAGCAGCAUGCAACUCCUCUUAACUCGUGAGGGUAUCAACCUCAUGAAGUCAGUAGAGCGAGAGACCUGCACAUGCAUCCUAUUUGAUCGUCACAAUCUCAUCGUCCGAGUCUUUGGCACCUCCGAUGGCGUGGUGCAAGCUGAAGAAAAGCUAAUGAACUCCUUGUUGGCCCUCUAUGAAGAUAAGCAGCUGGAGAUCUUUCUUCGUGGGUCCCAUCUACCCCAUGGCCUUAUGAAGGAGGUCGUCCAAAGGUUCGGGCCUGACCUUCAUGGCCUCAAAGACAGACUAUCCAAAGGCGACCUUCGACUUGACCCUCGACGCCAGGUCAUUUCGCUUAGUGGUGUCCAAAAGGAGUCAAAGCAAGAGGUUGAGGAAAUAAUUUUGAAGAUUUCGAAGGAGCUUAGUGAUGGGUCCAUGGAGAUGGGGACCUCAAGCUCAGAGGCCUCAUGCUCUAUCUGCCUCUCCAAUAUAGAGGACAAAUACGUGCUUGAAGGGUGUGGGCAUGGGUUUUGUAGGGCCUGCUUGAUCGAGCAAUGUGACUCUGCUACUCGUUCCCACGAGGGCUUCCCCAUGAGGUGUGCAAGGGAAGGGUGUGGGUCCUUCAUCUUGCUUGCAGACCUAAGGAACGUCUUAGCACAUGAGCAGUUGGAGGAGCUCUUUAGGGCAUCAAUAGGGGCUUUUGUGGGGGCAAGCGGUGGGGCCUACCGUUUUUGCCCAACCCCUGAUUGCCCUAAUGUGUAUAAGGUGUCAGGAAUCGGUGUGCCCGCAGAUCUCUUUGUGUGUGGUGCCUGUUCAGUCGAGGUGUGCACAAAGUGUCAUUUGGAGUAUCAUCCCUAUUUGUCUUGUGAGAAAUAUAAGGAAUUCAAGGAUGAUCCAGACUCCUCUUUGGAUGAGUGGAGGAGGGGGAAGGAUGAUGUGAAGAGGUGCUCGGUGUGUGGGUUUACAAUAGAGAAGACCGAGGGAUGCAACCAUGUGGAGUGCAAGUGUGGGAACCACAUGUGCUGGGUGUGUUUGGAGAGCUUCAAAAGCAGUGACAAUGCAUAUGCGCACUUGAGGAAUGUGCAUGGCUCGCUUGUGUGAAUAUUGUUUUCUCGAGUUUGUUAUUAUGGUAGCUUGUAUAUAUGGUAAUGUUUCUUUACUUUACUUU